CAGCUGCAAGGGGAGGACGGUUUGCGGUUCUGCAGCAUCACACUGGCAUCUCUGGUUCUGCGUUGGAAAUUUGCUUCUCGAGGAUGCACGAAUGCACAUAUUUCACACUCGGCUGCAGCAGACUUUGGCUUGCAUACACCGAUGGAUUACUGCUUCUUUAAGAAACUGGCUCCCUGCCCACUGAGGGAGAAAAGAUGCUGAUUUAGGAAGGGAAAAAAGCACUCUGUUUUUGGAGCGGAAGACUGAACGGGCCACUUCAGGAUCAGAAAAGAGACUCUGAUGACAGGUUAACGGCUGCGUUGAGCUGAAACCGCCCCCCCCCCCUCCUGCUCCCUACUCCCCCCCCCAGUCCAAACAUGAACUCUUCCUCCGAUGCAAACCAAAGUGGCUCUCCCCCGUUCUGCCUGCUGGGCGCCGCGGGUUACUCCCGCAGCCUGGAUACCUGCGUGCUGGAGGUGGUUGUCAUUCUCUUCCUCACCGUGCUCAUCAUCGCGGGCAACCUGGUGGUGAUCUUCGUCUUCCACUGCGCCCCGCUGCUGCACCACCACACCACCAGCCACUUCAUCCAGACCAUGGCCUACGCCGACCUGCUGGUGGGCGUCAGCUGCCUGGUGCCCUCGCUGUCCCUCCUCCACUACCUCCGGGGCCUGAAUGAGGAGCUCACCUGCAAGGCGUUCGGCUAUAUGGUUUCCGUGCUGAAGAGCGUCUCCAUGGCCUCGCUGGCGUGCAUCAGCGUGGACCGCUACAUUGCUAUCACCCGUCCUCUGUCGUACGCCACGCUGGUGACGCCGUGCCGGCUGAGGGCGUGCAUCGUCCUCAUCUGGGUUUACUCCGCCCUGAUCUUCCUGCCGUCCUUCUUCGGCUGGGGCAAGCCGGGUUACCACGGGGACAUAUUUCAGUGGUGCGCUGACUCUUGGGAGACCAACCCUGGGUUCAGCACCUUCAUCUUGGUGCUGCUCUACGCGCCGGCAACGCUCACCGUCUGCUUCACCUACGGGAGUAUAUUCCGAAUCUGCCGGCAGCACACGCGGGAGAUCACCCAGCGCCACGCUCGCUUCAGCUCGCAGACGGAGGGCGAUAAAGGCGAACGGGGGGAGCGCUGCGAGGGCUGCCCGGACAAACGCUACGCCAUGGUGCUCUUCCGCAUCACUAGUGUCUUCUACGUGCUGUGGAUGCCGUACAUCCUCUACUUCCUCCUGGAGAGCGCCGGGCUGUAUCACCACAAGGUGGCGUCCUUCCUCACAACAUGGUUGGCGAUUAGCAACAGCUUCUGUAACUGUCUCAUCUACAGCCUCUCCAACAGCGUCUUCCGGAAAGGUCUCGGCCGCCUCUUUAGCCCGUUGUUUUCCUCCUGCCUUGGCUGCAUGGACGCCAAAAAGGCUCCAGCUCCCAUCAGCCCGUGAGCAGACCCUCGAUGGGUAUGGGAAGUAUGAGCCCUGACAACGAUGAAUUCGGUUGGGUCUCGGAUUUCUUUAAGGUUUGCUUUGCACUCCGCUGCAUAGCAUGACACAGGUCUUUUUGGUCCCGCAUUAAAAUAUGUUGAGGACCCCCUGCACGGAGCAUGCAGAGGUGCCCGUGCAGAUGCCUGUCGGUCGUCUCAAAGGCUGAUUUUUGUGGAGGCUAUGAAGCUUUCUCAAAUGCUCUCGAGUGUCAUGCUGCUCUUUCAUGGCUGCAAAGAUCACAAGCUGACGACACAGUAAAGAAGUUUGAUAUUGAUAAAGAAAGUGGACUGUAGGAAUAGGAUUCAUGUGUGUGUCACUUCAAUGGAUUUAAUAAACCCUCUCGCCUGCACUGACUUAACAACUCCCAGAAGCAAAAAAAAUAAUAGGAAAGCACAGCGCGACUUGUGUUGUUGCAAUCCACUGAAAUGCAAAAAAUAUUUUGAAUCUUUUCAAGCCUGCCUGAAAAAUCUGCAAAUUGUCUUGGUUUUUUCAGGGUAGAAUCAGGUGAUGCAAAAAAUGUUGACACUACACUUGAAACAGACUACUGAUCUGUUUCCCUUUUAGAUUUUAUGAGUGUAUGAAAAUCUGAUAAUCAGCCUGUGUGUGAGUUAAACAUGUGUAUCAGAUGGACUUUAAGCUCAUUUCCCAGAGAGAAGAUUGAGGUUUAUUUCAGAGCUUGUGUGUGUUUUAUUCCUCUCUUUUGAAGCUGGGUGUUAGCGGGAAGCUUCAAGUAUGUUUACACGGUCUUGGGUUUCACAUGAAAUUGUUGAUUGAAGAAUUAGCUUUACUUACUAAGAAGGCCACUGACCGGGGACAUUUUGCUGCCGGCAGACAGUGGCAUGUCCUCAUCAAAGAGACAAUACAUAGUAUUUAUUUGAAGAGUUGUAUUCUCUGUUUGCAUUUCCUCCUCAGGUUUAUCAGCGGUUCUUUGUUAAGCCUCUGGGCUGUUUGCCUUUUGAGCUCAGCUGAAACAGUACAUGACUCCUAAAUCACAAGCCACGUAGCGUCUUAAGAUAAUCACCUCCUGACCUGUCACGUGUUGGUGAAUCUGCUGUCUGCCGGGAUACACCCGAACACCAUGCAAAGACUAACUUGACUGUAGUCUUUAUUGCUUGUGUCUCUUGAGCCCUCAAGCAGGUAACAGCUGUUCCAGGGUGAAGUGGAUGAGAAGCGUUAUCGCUGUGCAUCACGAGCCCGACUUCAGAGUGUAAGAGGGUCAGAGCACUUUUUCAGAGAGCCAGUGACCACUUGCGGCUUCAUGUAAAUAGACUUCAGAGUUUAAAUAUUUAAACAGUGGCUAACUGGGCCCCUGAUGUAAAGUAGGCCUCUAUGAUUACAAAUGAUCUUGUGGAUGGAGUGCUGUUGCGUGUUUCAUAAAAUACUUUAUUUGUCACAGCCAAGAGGUCUGACACGCGACACUCAAGACUGAAUCUGUUUGUUUUUUUACAGUGUGGAGAAGAAGAAGUGAUUCUUUACGAACUGCAGGGAGAUUUAAGACCUAAAGAUUUAAGUGCUAGAGUUUUAAAGUCACAAUGAAAUGGUAUUUCUGAGAGCGUCUUGCUCUUGAAUUUGAUAUAUUUGUGGUGGUUGAAAAAGAAGAGGAAACAAAAAAAACCCACAAUAGCCCAAAGUAUAUGGACGGCCGAUCACCAACCUUUGUGUAGCCGACUUUAUCUGGGGCUGUUCUCAAGGUUUUGGGCUCCUGAGAUUUUUAAGCAACAGCAUACGUAGGUAUUUUCAAAGGCAAAACAAAGCCUUGGAUCAAAUUCAGAUUUUCUUUUUUUUUAUAAAUGUAUAUUCUUUCCGUGGAAAUAGCAUGCUAAAUUUGCAGUAAACUAUAAAAUUUAACUGAAAACCAAACCCCAGUUUGCAACACUCUGGUGUUGUAAAUUGAUGUGUAUUUUAUUUAUUUAUUGGUUAAUUUAACAGGGAAAGUUUACAUUAAUAAACCUUGCUGCCAAUGAGCCGGAUAGAAGAACCUGCAAGAGAAACUGUCAUCUAAGCAUAAGAACUAUAUCAAGUUAGGGUUAGCCUGAACUUGGGCCACAUUUUUCCUCAAAUAUUAUGUGUAAAUGACAUUUUUCGAUGAGGUUAUUUCAUAUCUCAAUAAUGAUAUUUAUCACGAUAUAGCAUGUUUUCUAGUAAUUAAUAAAUAAAUACAUAAUUAUUAUGUAUUUAAAUACACAAUUAUUUAAUAAAUAAAUAGUCUAUAUGAAAUAGCUACAUGGUAAAGGCUAUUUUUGUAUAUCAGUACUUGCAUCGUCAAAAUGACGCAAAUAUGGGCACCUUGAUAGCUCAGUUGGUAGAGGGGGCGCCCAUAUGUAGAGGUUUACUCCUCCACGCAGCGGGCCAGGGUUCAACUCCGACCUGCAGCCCUUUGCUGCAUGUCAUUCCCCCUCUUUCUCCCCUUUCAUGUCUUCAGCUGUCCUGUCAAAUAAAGGCCUAAAAAUGGCCCAAAAAAAUGACGUUACUAUAAUAUUGCCAUAAUGCAGUUUGGCUGCUGGUAUUUCAAAAUCGCGAUAAAAACUAUGAUUUUGACUUUGAAGACAACUUUUCUGUGAUAUGUUAAAAAAAAAUAAAAAAUACUCGAAACAUAGUUGAAAAUGCAGUUUAGUUGUAUGGGAACGUAAUUUUAGGAGACAGAGCUGAAGAAUGUGUAUCGUUUGUCUAAGAUUUUCCAAAGUCAGAGUGCAGAUUGUAGGUGAUAUGUUCGGCCUGUACCAAUGAAUUUAGGGGUAAGAAGACAUAAAAUAAAGGCAGUACAUCUCAUCUGUUACACAGUUUCCCGGCUGAACUGAAUAUGGUAAACCAUUCAGCUUUCCUGUAGGGCACCCCCAAACUAGUGAUAGACCGAUUAUCGGCCCUGGACGAUUAUCGGUCCGUUUGCAGAUCUUUAUCGGCGUUUUAUUUGCCUGAUAAAUGAUAAAGUUAAUUCGUUAAAAAGUGCGCUACUUUGGCUCGGCUACAGCUCUGUGUCUGUCCCUCUGCUUCGGUUUCACUCACCACUGAGUCUGACUUAAUCUAUGACUUAGACUUUCUGACUCUCUUUUACUGCGUAUUAUGUUGAAAGUUCAGCUUAAAGCAUUUAAACAAAGUUUGGUAACACUUUACUUGAAGAUAUGUACGUAAGAGUGACAUGACA